AUGGAUAUCAUCAUUGUCUACCAUCGCCAGGAAUAUUACGUGUCGACGCAGACUUCUUCGGAUCGGAAGACGCUUCCAGUAGAUCUACUACAAUGCCAACUUCUGUCGCUCGUGGGGGUGAUGCCGGAAGAGCAGAUAUUGAUGUCCUCCAGUGGGGAGAUUCUGUACUCGCCUAGCAAGCGUGACGUGGCCACCAUCGCUUUGUCCACCGCGCGCCUCUUCCUCUUCUCGAGCUCUGCGUCCAGCCCUGAACUGGCAAGCGACUGGAGACAGAUCUGCACGAAGAGCACGUUCGGGGACGCAUCAGUCGUACAGCCAGCCUUCCGGAAGAUUACGUCUACCGACAGCGACCCACUUGCCACUCUCGUCUGCGAACCAUGCGCUAGGACCUGCACGACAGAUUUCCAGCCUGUGCAUCCCAUGGAAUGGAACGCGUCCAAGACGUUAACGUCUCGGUUUAUCUCGGACAUCACUGUUGUAACCGGUGAAGUGGACGUCGCUGCGCCGUCAGGGUUCACCAAGUUGUCUGUGGCUUUAAAUCACUCUGCGUCGGGUGACUACGUGUAUCUAUGUGUACAACGUGGAGGGCCGCGUGCACUUACACAACUCCACGUGCUGUAUGAACACCUCUCCAAUUCGAUAAAUGACCCCGAAAAAGUGAUCCUUGUCGACUGUAAUUCACUUGCUGAGGCCAAACUUCGUAUCGGAUACGACUCAGUGCAAGUGAAAGGCAACAUGGAGCAGCUGACGACGUUGGCUAUCACUGACGUCGCUGUAGUCGUGGGCGAUCAACCUGCUCCAUCGUCGGACUACAUAAAGAUCCCACGGGAUCUGAACGAUGGCGCUUUAGGCUCUGAGUGUGUCUUCCUGUACUAUCGACUGGCACCUCUCGGUGGGUUUGUGUGCGAUUCCAGUCGACAGCAUAGUGACUUCGGCGAGUGUCUCUUUGCCGCGCGUCAUAUGACUGGAGUGACGAGUAUACUCGACUUAAAAGAGCCGCAAUUGAGUAUCGCUUACUUGACUUUAGCAGCCGAGCGACGACGUGGAGAUAUGACGCUGAUGGAUGCGCAUUAUCGUCAGCAUGAACCAGGUAUGCUGAAGCGACUACAGAGUGGACUGCAACGCGCACAGUCGUAUGAGAACAAGCAGAUGCAAGACGAAGCACUCAAGCGUAUCCCAGUGGACACGCUACAUGGACGUGCACGUGCGAACAAGUCGCCAAUGCCGUCAUAUCAAGAUGAACUGGUUAAACAAUUAUUGCACUGGUUUAAGUGCGAAUUCUUUACGUGGAUGAACCAGCCUCGAUGUUCAAGCUGUAGCCAUGACAAGACGCGAUCAGUGCGAACAGAAGGACCCAAUACUGUCGAAGAACGAGCUGGUCAGGCAAGUCGCGUGGAGGUUUACAUGUGCUCAUCAUGUGGAGCGCUCACUCGAUUCCCUCGUUAUAACGACCCCAUCAAGUUACUGGACACUCGUACUGGACGGUGCGGCGAAUGGGCCAAUUGCUUUACGCUCUGUUGUCGCGCCAUGGGCUUUGAAGCACGGUAUGUGCUGGAUGUGACAGAUCAUGUGUGGACAGAGGUAUACUCGGAGCAUUUUAAGAGAUGGCUACACUGUGAUUCCUGCGAAGACCAACUGGACUGUCCUCUAACGUACGAGGUUGGCUGGGGCAAGAAGUUGUCGUACAUUUUCUCAUUCGCUCAUGAUGAAGUGGUCGACACAGCGAGGAGAUAUACCCGAAACUGGCCUGAGAUGCGCGCGAGACGACAAGAUGUGAGCGAAACGUGGCUACAGACGACGAUAAGCCAGAUAAACCAGGGCUUACGGGACCGACAAACACCAGAGAGAGCAGCAGUUCUGACAGAUCGUGCACAAUGUGAGCAUGAGGAGCUACAACGUGGACGCUCGGCUCAAAAGACGGAGGUUCAGGGCCGAGUAUCAGGCUCUGCGGAGUGGAAAAGUCAGCGGAAUGAAGACGGAAAGGAAGGAGCAGCAUCGGCAGACACCGCAAGUGCCUCGUCUACAGCGAAGACAGUCGUUACUGUGAAUGCUGCAGAUACUUUACAACAAAUCUGUAAGAAUCUGGUGGUCGGGUGUCAAUCUGCAGGCUGUUGGAAUCCUUACUGCUGUACUGGCCGCACGGCGUUGGGUUUUCCGGAAGUGUCGGAUGCCAAUGAGCGAGCGGCACUAGCGCUUCAAGUGGCGACAGCUUUAAGCUCGAAUGGAUUCUCGCCAGAUUCUCUGUCGCAAUUGCAGUGUUCGAAGACGAUGGAGCUCCGUUCCUUCUUGUGGGAAUGCCAGCCGCUGUUGUACUUGCCACUGCAAGAUCCUCCUUCCCGUGCGCCUCUUCUCGACAUUUCCGGUCAUGGUAGCCACGUCAAGAACACGCAGCAUUGUGCACUGCGUAAGCCCUUUCGGAUCCCACAUCUAGACCAGGUAAUCGAUGCGGAUACGGACAGUCAAGACAACGGUAAAGCAUUUGGUAUGCAGCUGUGUGGAGACAAGGGCUUGGCAGUCUCUGGAGAGCUCAUACCUACCUUCUUUGUGCUCUCCUUCCUCGCUCGUAUCGACCAAAACGAAGAGCUGACAACGAAGAUAUUGGACGUUGUGAGUGUUGUCACUGUGCGGUUUAACUCAGUGGAAUUUCGUGUCAGUUGGCAUCAAGCCGAACGUAAGUUCUCUUGUGAACUUAAAGGCGGAAACAUUGCUCAGAAGGCGAGCGCGUUGCUAGUCUUUGGCCAAUACGCACACAUCGCUAUAGCACGAGGUGGGAGUUCUAUCGUGGUUUAUGUCAACGGAGCGCAGACAGCAGUAGUGGACGGAGAAUGGCAAGCCGAUGGACAGAAUAUUACUAUCAUUGGACCUGCGAGCGGUUGUUCGAGCAUCGCUGCUGUUGUGAGCCACGUGGCUGUGAUCCCAGCGAAGUCUCUUGGAGAGAUGGAAGCCUUCUGUGCUGCUAUGAAGAGCUUCGUGUCUGCGCCACCUUUGAAGGCGUUUGGACCUGAUGGAGAGCGCAGUGAAGAGAAAUGUGGUGAAGCUGCAGCUGGAGCGCAGUCAGGGUAUCGUGCUGCACGAGUAUUGAUGUGGGGAGGUGACUUCUUCGACGGACUUCAGUUCGUGUACGAAAAAGCAGGUGCGCCUGCAGUGUUCGGAACGCUGGUGGGAAAUGGCAGUGCAAAGCGUCACGCAUCACACGCCACCGUCACUCUGGAACUGCUUGAAGACGAGGUUGUUUCACGAGUGAGUGGACGUACAGGAGCUUGGACCGAUAGCAUCACGUUACACACCAGUUUUGGUCGCUCCAUCACAUGUGGAGGCAAGGGAGGAGGCGACUUCAAUGUGGCCACACCCGCAGAUACGGAGAUCCGCUCCAUCUCGUUCAAAGUUGGCGAUCAUUUGACUAAUCUCAGCGCGUUUGUGCUUGAGUCUUCGGGCAACGCACUCGAAGGGAAAACGAUGCAAGAGCUGAGGAAGUUGCUGUCAUCGAGCGAGCCUUCAUCUCGCCAGAACGCCAUUUCUGCAGAUAACAUCGCGCGACAACCGGAGGACUCGAAAUUCCAGCGGAUUCGCGCUAGCAACAAGUUUUUCGCUACAAACGUGGGCGCGAUAGGAGACGAGCUCGCUAAGUCCUUCAUGCUCUGGUGUGGCUUCGACGUCAUGACUGAACAGGGAGAGCUGUUCUUUUCUUUCAAGCCAUCGCAGCUGCAUGACAAGCCGACACCUCAGCGGGUGGCAGCGGAAGCCCACAAGCGAAUUUAUUUUCUCAAGAAUGUCGCUUUCCAAGCGGCAUCGCGUACACGUACAUGUCUGAGCUCAUUAGUCAAUUUGCCUGGAAGAGCACAUUUGUCUGAAGUCACGAUGGCUCAAGAAACAUUAAGACCGAUUUCGGCUGCCACGAUUAGCGCUACAGAUGUGUCCGGGCUAUUGGCACGCGGGUCGUCACCCCAGCGCAAUAAUGCAGUUCAGAUUGGCAAGUGCCCGCCGCCCCGAACGCGUCGUCCAAGGACACCCAUCGCACUCACAGAGGAAGACAUGCGCACACUCAGCGCAGACGAGAUCAGGAAAAAGAAGAACCGCGUGUCAGCGCAACGCGACCGUGAUCGCAAGAAGCAGCACGUUCAGGAUCUGGAGGACAUGGUGUGCGAGCUGUGGAAGCGAGUUCAAUACCUGGAGGGCAUCAUCACGUCGAUGCACCCCAACCAAGACUUGAGUGGGCUGUACCAGUCAUACGAGCCGUACGAGGUGUCACGAAGCUUACAGCCUCUCACCACUGGCAGCCUCAAUGAGGUCGACAUGACCGAGCUCGCGUGGCUUCUGGACUCGAUUCCGAUGGAUCCAAGCAACGAAGAUCAGCCGAUCUCAUUGCAAUCUUCCAUCAACACCAUGAACGUUAGCGCCACCACAAUUGCCGCUCUUCUGGGCUCUGGUGCAUCCUCGCGGGUGCAGCACGAGCUGGUUCAAGUUGGUAAAUACCCUAUAACUACUCGCUGCCGCCGACCGCGUGAAACGAUCAAGUUGAAGUUGACAGAAGAAGAACAGCGAUCUUUGAGUCAAGACGAGAUCCGAAAGCUCAAAAACCGGGUGGCUGCCAAGCGCGCUCGAGGGCGAGCGCAGCAUCGUGUGACUGAUCUGGAGAAUACCGUGUGUGAGCUCUGGAAGCGUGGUUAA